CCGCCGCGGGGAGGAGGGCGGCGGGCGGCCGCGGCGGCUCCGGGGCGGCGGCAUGGCGGCGGGGCGCGGCCUGAGGUAACGGCGCUGAGGGGCUCGGGGCUGCGUCGCGCAAAGCGGAGCGGAGCGGAGCUGCCCGGUCGCCCCCCGUUCUCUCCCGACUAGAUCUUCUGUAAAGCUUUGUGGAAGAUAGAUGCGUGUGCUGCAAUGGUGACAUAAAUAUUUAAGAGGACUGGAACAAGUUGUUGAGAAUCUGAUUAUUUUUAAUGCUUGGAACAAUCUAAGGCAAGUAAACAACAUGAGUUUUAUCAUGAAACUUCACAGACAUUUUCAAAGAACAGUUAUUUUGCUGGCCACUUUUUGUAUGGUGAGCAUUGUUAUUUCUGCAUACUACUUGUAUAAUGGCUACAAACAGGAAAAUGAACUUUCUGAAAUCUCUUCAGAAGUGGAAUGUGAUGAUCUUCAACUGUUGCCAUACAAGCUGAUGGAGAUGAAGACCAUGAAGCCUAUCGAUCCCCUGAGAACAGAUCUUGUAGUGCUGGUGUUUGUGGAAAGUCAAUAUUCAACCUUAGGCCAAGAUAUAAUAACCAUUUUAGAAUCCAGCAGAUUUCAGUACCGUAUUGAGAUUGCAUCUGGUAAAGGUGACCUCCCAGCCCUUAUAGACAAAAAUAAGGGCAAAUAUGCUCUCAUAGUAUAUGAAAAUAUUUUAAAGUAUGUGAAUAUGGACUCUUGGAACAGAGGCCUUCUAGAUAAGUACUGUAUAGAAUAUAGUGUAGGUAUUAUUGGAUUUCAUAAAGGCAAUGAGAACAGCUUGCAGAACCUCCAGUUGAAGGGCUUUCCUUUCCAUGUCCACAGCAAUCUGGGUAUUAAGGACUGUUGCAUUAACCCUCAUUCCCCAUUGCUCCAUGUGACUAAGUCCUCCAAGCUUGAGAAAGGUCCCUUGCUUGGAAAAGACUGGGCAGUUUUCCAGAUUAAUCAUACAGCUUACCAACCAGUGAUAUUUGCAAAAGUAAAGACACCAGAAAACCUUUCACCAUCUGCUGCUAAAAGUGCUCUUUAUGCCACAGUAAUUCAUGACCUGGGACUCCACGAUGGGAUUCAACGAGUCCUUUUUGGCAAUAACUUGAAUUUUUGGCUGCACAAACUGAUUUUCAUAGAUGCCAUCUCUUUCCUGUCUGGAAAGAAGCUCAGACUAUCCUUGGAUAGGUACAUUCUGGUUGACAUAGAUGACAUCUUCGUUGGGAAGGAGGGAACAAGAAUGAACGCCAACGAUGUACAGGCCCUGCUUGACACUCAGAAUCUUUUGAGAGCUCAGAUUACAAAUUUUACUUUCAACCUGGGAUUUUCAGGGAAAUUCUAUCACACAGGCACUGAAGAGGAAGAUGAAGGCGAUGACCUGUUGUUGAGGUCUGUGGAUGAGUUUUGGUGGUUUCCCCAUAUGUGGAGUCACAUGCAGCCUCAUCUUUUCCACAAUGAAUCAUCAUUGGUAGAGCAGAUGAUCCUCAACAAAAAAUUUGCCUUAGAACAUGGUAUUCCAACUGACAUGGGCUAUGCAGUGGCUCCACACCAUUCGGGGGUCUAUCCAGUGCAUGUUCAACUUUAUGAUGCCUGGAAAAAGGUCUGGAAUAUCAGAGUUACCAGCACAGAAGAAUACCCUCAUCUGAAGCCUGCAAGGUAUAGAAGAGGCUUCAUCCACAAAAAUAUCAUGGUGCUUCCUAGGCAAACUUGUGGCUUAUUCACCCACACUAUUUUCUAUAAAGAAUAUCCUGGAGGCCCAAAGGAACUAGACAAAAGUAUUCAAGGUGGGGAAUUGUUCUUCACAGUGGUUCUCAAUCCAAUUAGCAUCUUCAUGACACAUUUGUCUAAUUACGGCAACGAUCGCCUGGGGUUGUACACCUUUGUGAAUCUGGCCAACUUUGUUCAUACGUGGACAAACCUGAAACUGCAAACUCUUCCUCCGGUGCAGCUGGCUCACAAGUAUUUCGAACUAUUCCCCGAGCAAAAGGACCCUCUCUGGCAGAAUCCCUGUGAUGACAAACGACACAGAGAUAUAUGGUCUAAAGAAAAAACCUGUGAUCGAUUACCAAAAUUCUUGGUUGUAGGACCACAGAAAACUGGUACCACAGCCUUGUAUUUGUUCCUGAUCAUGCAUCCUUCCAUCAUUAGUAACUCCCCCAGCCCAAAAACCUUUGAGGAGGUACAGUUCUUUAAUAGAAAUAACUACCACAGGGGGAUUGAUUGGUACAUGGAUUUCUUCCCUACUCCUUCCAAUGUCACCACUGACUUCCUCUUUGAGAAAAGUGCCAACUAUUUUCAUUCUGAGGAAGCUCCUAAACGAGCUGCUUCCCUUGUCCCCAAGGCCAAGAUCAUCACCAUCCUCAUUGACCCAUCUGACCGGGCAUAUUCGUGGUAUCAGCAUCAACGAUCACAUGAAGAUCCUGCAGCUCUAAAAUUCAGUUUCUAUCAGGUGAUCACAGCUGGACCUCGAGCCCCUUCUGAGCUUAGAGCUCUCCAAAAGAGAUGCCUAGCACCUGGAUGGUAUGCUACACAUAUUGAAAGAUGGCUAACUUACUUCCCACCUUAUCAGUUGCUAAUUAUUGAUGGACAGCAGCUAAGAACUGACCCGUCUACCGUAAUGGAUGAAGUGCAGAAAUUUCUGGGAGUCUCUCCUCAUUAUAAUUACUCUGAAGCCCUAACGUUCGAUUCACAUAAAGGUUUCUGGUGUCAGCUUCUGGAAGAAGGAAAAACCAAGUGUCUUGGAAAGAGCAAAGGUAGAAAAUACCCUCCGAUGGAUUCUGAGUGCAGGGCUUUUCUGUCAACCUACUACAGAGAUCACAAUGUGGAACUGUCAAAACUCCUACACAAAUUGGGACAACCUCUGCCAUCGUGGCUGAGACAGGAACUACAGAAAGUAAGAUAGCAUUGAAAAAAAGUCUUUUUAAAAUCUCUUCCACACUUCAGUCAUCCUACCUAAAGUCUCCAGUAGCUACCAGAAAGUCUUGUAAAAUAUACCUCUGCAAAAAAAAGUAAAAGAUAGAAAUUAUUUCCAUAUGCUGGCAUGUGGAUUGUGAAAAUACAUGUGUUUCUUAGACCUCUGGUGGGCCAGAUCUUUCUCAUUAACGUUUCUGGGCCUGUGGACUUGUGGACUACUGUGCACAUAUGUGGAAGUUAAUUGCAGCUGAUAUAAGCUUCAGAGAUACAUGACCUGUCCAAUUUCACAGUAAAUACUUACAUUUUUAUAUAUCAGUUUAAAAGUAUUGUGUCUCCUGUAGGUUUUGUAGUUCAUUGUUAGACUGAUGACAGUUUUUCUUUGCAUUGAUUAUUGUGUCUUGCAUAAAAUAAGAAAAUUUAAUGUAGCAUAAAAUGCCAAGUGUACUUCUGCCAUUGGAAUCAGCUUGCUAAUACCUGAAGUAUAUACUAAUAAGGGUGAGAAGUACAGCCAUCAUACACGAUUUAGGUGUGCACAGCAACAAAACACACGGAGCAAAAUCUGGAAUCCACAGGCAAAAGCAGUGUAAGCAAAAGAAAAAAAAAACAUUUCCUAUGAUUAUAGCCUGUAGUAACAAACCCUUAUAAUGCGAUAAGGGCCUUUGUCCAUAAUUGCUGCCUAAUUUUGCACUGUCUGCAGCAGCAAAAUACAGAAUGUAGCCUGUAUCUGAACAGAAAUUUAAUUGGUGAUGUAAAACACAAAUGUUGCAAUAAAAUCCUUAUGAGCAGUAUUAUACUUCAACAACUGAGCCAAACUGAAGCAGUGCAAUAACAGCCUUCACGCCUGGCUUCUAUGAGCAGCCAAAUCCAGAUACAUGUACAUUGCUGUGAAUCAGGAAUGUAGCCACUCAAAUGAAAACUGGUAAAGAGCAGAAACAGAUCCAUACUUAGAUUGCCUUAAUUUGCACCAGUAUUUUUCCUUAAUUUAUUUGCUUUUCAAUCUAUGCUGUGUGCAUUCCAAGAACCCUCAACCUGAUCAAAACUGUAGCAUCGUGCAGUGACCUUCAGUUUGUCGGCUGCAAAAAUCUGUCUGUUUUCCAGGUGAACAUAUUUGGUAUUAAAUUUUAGAAAUAAGCUUUAGGGAAGAAAAAAAAAAAAAACACAGGUCAUGGUAGAAAAUUGGUCUCUAAUAAUGAAAAAACGCAAAUAUCCAGCCUUACGUUUUUGGUACAUUUCAGUAGCACAUCUCAUAAUAUCAGUUUAAGUAUGAGAUAUACUCUAAUAGUACUUAAAAGUUGAGAAAGAAGACUGUUGAAAAUUUCAGCUGAGUAUGGCCUUACUGUUUCUCCACUGAACUUUGGCUCUGAAUGUUUCUAAAGGCAUGAAGGGGUAGUGAAUACAAAAGAUAGCUACAGUACUAAAUGCAAUGCUUUUUACAGUAGAUAUGUACUAUUAUCAUAAUUUGUUUUAGGAUGACUAGAUAAAAACAUGCAUCAGGUGGUGGAAAAACUUUCUUUGUCUCAGUGCUGUUUUACAACAUUUAUGUAAUCUCAUAAUUUAAAUUUCAAGUUAAUAGAAUGAAAAGCAGUCUGUUACUCCCUAAAUAGAAAACAGAUGUUGAGAUCCUUACUGUACCUCUAGCUGGUAAACUUUAUUAUUUAUUGAUUUUGUGUAUGUAAUACCUGGUUUUGAUAGGCCUGUAAAGCAAAAUUCUAGAGCAAUUUGCUGUAUAUAACAAUAUUCUUUAUGCAGCACAUUUUUGCUAAGGGAAUAUGCAUGAUUAAUGAGGAGGACCUACUAGAGUAGACAUUUUUAAGAUGAAUAUCUUUAUUAUUUAUUAGAGAGAAUGAAAAUUUACAUUUCAUUUUAGAUAUUCACUGUCAUACGGAUUUGGCCCAAAAGCUGACAUGUCUUAAAACACUCUUAUUUGAUAAAAGAAACACUCUGAAUUCUGAAUAUCUGUAAAUGCAAAUUCUCUGCAUGCUAUGGACAGCUCUUUAAGCAUUUAUAUGGAUUUGUUACAAGUAAAUUGACUAACUGGAGAAAAUACUUGGGUUUUUCAUCCUGGCAUGACUGAUUUUACCAUUUAUAUAACCUGAUCAAACAUUUAAAAUAGAUCAUCAAUCAAACAUUUAAAAUAGAAGAAAAAUGUAUAAUAGAAGAAAAUUGGAAAAAUUUUAGAACUAUAAAAUGCCUGAGAUCUUCACAAAUUGAGUGCUUCCUACGUGCUGGAGAAGUGAGCUUCAGCCACUUUCAUAGUUUAGACUUUGUUUUCAGGAGCUCCAUUUCUGUCUUUCUCUGGGAAACCAAGGCCCCAGCAGAACUGGGACAGUAAGUCCCACAUGCACAGCCGUGCCUUGAGUGGACUAGGCUUGGUUUGGCAGCCACACAUAAAGGUUGUGCUCUGGCAAGAAGUGCCUUGGUGGCUCUCAAGUCCUGGUGGAGGAGCUGUUGUACCCUCCUAGUGCCCUUCCUAAGAUUGAAACAAAAUUAAUGAGUCCCUAGGCAAAUCUUCAAUGGAUUCCUCUGCUAACUUCACCUGGAUCAAUACUGUGAACAAAGUAACUUGACCUUUUGGCCCUGGAACUGUGUAUCCAAAAAGGGCGUGAUUCUGGAUGUGUGUUAAGUCAGAGCUCCUACUGAGACGCAGCUGCUAGGCAUUAGCAUCUCCAGAAGAGGUGCUGGAGGGGCAGCUGCUGGUAGGCUAGGUGGGCUAGGCUGAGGCUCCAGAGCAGCAGAGAAGUAAAGGCAAACAGCUAGAGGUCUUUGCAGUUCUGAGUCUGUCAUACUGGGUUAUUACUGGUUUAUACGAAGAAGAUAUGAAGCCAUGCUGUUUUCCUCCAGAACUAUUCUAUGUAAAGAUGUUCUUACAUUUAACAGGAAGCUUUAAAAAGCAGAAUAACUUUUAAUGUGCAGUCAACUUGGUGAAGAAUGAAGUCUGAGCAAAGCAUGCAGACAAGCUACAUGUGUUACCCCCCAGAUAACAGGAUGCAGUACAGCUGAGUAAGCAAGUCAUACAACAUGAAUUUGCCUGGCAAAGUUUGCCUCUCUGUUUACAACUUCCCUACAAUCAGUGUUUGAUUUUCAGAAAUAAACUAUCAUUAUUAACACUUCUAAAAAACAGUGAUUUAUCACAACAAAUUUAUACUUGCUAGUUAAAGUCAGGUGUUUUAAUGUGGUUGGUAACACGGCUAUGGUUUUUGUUUCCAUGGUUGAUAACUGCAUAAGCAAUUCCUUUAAGAAAUGUUUGAUUAUGUGAGUUUCACAUUUAUUUUCAUAAAUACAAUUCUGAAAUUUGAUUUCCUCAAAUAUCUGUGCCAUUACAAAUCAAUGUGUGAGUAGAAAGUGACCAUUAGGGGGUGUAAACAUGGAGUCUGAUAUGAAUUCACUUAACUAUUUGAACAAACAUUCCUGAAAUACUGUGAUAUCUUCCCAGUUCUACUUGUGCAGAAAGAAUUAGUUUCAAUGAUUUGCAGACUAUCUUGUACAAAAUAUCCUUUUUCAUUGCUUAAAGAUGUGAAACUUCCUCAGGAAGAAAUUAAUUAGAUAUUUCAGUGUUUAUAGAUGUAAUACUCUUGUCAUUCACAUUGAAUGAAAAUUGCUGGAAACAUUUUUCUCAUUUUUUUUUUUAAUAAAAAUAGAUAUUAUUCUGAUAGUGGCAUGAUAUCUGAAGUGCAACAAUAAACUCUGAUAAGAAAAUGUA